AUGAAACAGGACGGUAUUGGUCUAAAGAGAAGCAAGAACUUAAUAUCCAGCGACUUUGAUUCACAUUCCAAAUCCCUAUUCAACAACUCCUCCGACUUAUUUGGAAAUAGCAGCAACAGCAGCAACAAUAUCGACAGCAACAACAACAACAAUAAUAAUAAUAAUAGUAGCAAUAAUACAUACAGCUCAAGGACAUCAAUAUCUUCACCAUUGUUCUCAUCACCUUUUCAAUUGGGCACGACCAAAGAUAAUAAUUCACCACAAUUCCCAUCAAUGCCAGACUCAUCAGUAUCACUGCUGGACCAACAGCAUGACAAUGACUUCACAAUCAAUGACCUGACAACGGCCGAUUUGGAUCAGGUGCGCGAGCAGUCAUUUGACAACUCAACCACAACCAGACAACGUCUAUCAUUCAUUGGCAAUUGGCUGCUGCUUCAAAUAAGGACGAGUACCUAUCAUACAUGGAUUAAGCUUGCACUACUUGUAUUGGUCAUUGUUGGAAUAUGUCUUGCUGUAUUUGUAUUCAAACUCCAGACACAUCUCGAUGUACUUCAGACCAUGGUUGACAAGUUUGGCAUUGUACCUGGAGGGCUAAUAUUCGUUGCCAUAUUCAUCUGUCUAAUUCUAUUCUUGGUACCAGUUACUAUUCCAACAAUUCUUGCUGGUAUCAUCUUUAAAUUAUGGUUCGGUAUCUUAUUCGUCUGGUGCUCCUCAAUGCUUGGAGCAACGAUCGCAUUCUUGCUUGGCAAAUAUGUGUUCCGUGACUCAAUACAAAAGAAGAUCGAGAAGAAUAAGAAGUUACAAGCCAUUGACCAAGCCAUUGGACAAGAGGGAUGGAAGAUUGUCUUGUUGUUGAGACUGACACCCAUCGUUCCCGAGGCCAUACUUAACUAUGCAUUGGCUGUGACCAAUGUCAACUAUAUCCCCUAUAUAAUUUGCACUGGUAUUGGUUUGGUACCAGGUGUAUCAUUCUUCAUCUACAUGGGAACAAUGAUUGGAAAUAUAUCCGAGAUUGGAAAGAGGAAGCCCAUGGGCAAGUCUGACAUCAUCAUGUACGCAGUGUCUGGUGUUGCUAUGAUUAUAACCAUCGCCUUCAUUACAAUCAUCGUCAGGAGAGCAAUUAACAAGAAGCUUGACUUUGAGGAGAAUAGAGGCAUACUGGACGAGGAGGCCAAGGAGAGACUUUUGGAUGAGGAUAUCGUUCAAGAGCCAACUGAGAGAACGCCAAUCUUUGUGAUGCCAUGA